UGUCAGACAACAAUGAGGGUUUAAAUCCCACAGAGCUCGCAGUAAACUCUGAAGCAUGGCAGCUGAAGUCGAAAAGAGACCGGUUCUUGAGAUGGUCCAGGCUGAUGGGGCCGAUGACGGCUGUGUGACGUUUGUGAUGCACAAUGAAGACCAUACGCUGGGCAACUCCCUCAGAUAUAUGAUCAUGAAGAACCCGGAUGUGGAGUUCUGUGGGUACACCAUCACCCAUCCUUCCGAGAGCAAGAUCAACUUUCGCAUCCAGACACGAGGAGGGAUUCCAGCUGUGGAGCCGCUGCGAAAAGGCCUCAGUGAGCUCCAUGAUGUUUGUCAACAUGUCCUCAACACCUUUCAGGCCAGAGUUACGGAGUUCAAAGACGGGCAGGAGAAACCUAUGGAAUAAACGUCACAAGGGAAACCGUAAAGAUUCACCUUUAUUCCACAAGAACCUCGAUGCUCUUCAGAAACCCAACAAGCGUUCCUUUAAAUAUUUGUACAGUAGUCUUUUUCUAUUCUUAUUUUGUAUGAUGCGAUUGCGAUGAAGUGAUUUGUUUUGUUAGAUAAACGUAUAAUUGUAUAUACGGAUAUUGAAUUUAGUUCCUGUCAUAUCUGAUUGACAAUAAAAAUGUUUAAAAGCCUAAAA